CUCCGGGCAUACGGGUCUCCUCUGAGGGACGCGUGGCGGGCAGUGUGUGUGUGUGUGUGUGUGUGUGUGUGUGUGUGUGCGCGCGGGCAGUGUGUGUGUGUGUGUGUGCGGGCAGUGUGUGUGUGUGUGUGUGUGUGCGGGCAGUGUGUGUGUGUGUGUGUGUGUGUGUGUGUGUGUGUGUGUGUGUGUGUGUGUGUGUGUGUGUGUUUCAUCUGAGCCUGUCCUCCUGCGCCCGCCUUGCGCCCAAUGCCUGUCUGGGUCCGAAGGGUGGGAGUGAGUGCUCGCAGGUUGGGAUGUCCGAGAGGUCGCCCCGUAGGAUCCCGAUCCAAAGCUGAGCGUCCGCAAACACUCGGUACCCCAGACCCCCAAACUAUGAAUUGGGUUUAUCUUUAGGACCGACCUUUAAGGCCCUUUAACGGAUCCAAGGUCUCUCGGGCCUCCGCCCCCUUUCACCACAGUGCCCCCCCACACACACACACACACAUACCCCCGACGCCCCGAAGCCCAGACAAUGCUGUCACCGCCAAAGCAGGAAAAAAAUAAUAAAGCAAAGAACUGUUAACUCUUGCCCCGCCAGCCUCGGGCCUCUGCAUGGAUGCAGCCCCACCUACACACACACACACACACACACACACACACACACACACACACCAACAGAUCCAGCAAGCUCCAUUACUCCAAUCCUCGGGUGGGGUCCUCCCUGCAGCCCAAGGGUAGGACUGAAUCCACCUUGGGGAGGAGGUAGGCUGUGUGUUGGCUAAGCAACCUGGGGAGCGCUUUCAGCAACCCCCCCUUCCUGAUCACUCAAGGUCAGACUGAGCAGGCACCCUGUUCAGAUGGGGAAACUGAGGCCUGCGAAUGGCUCAAGGUCAUAAGGAGACCAUUGGAUCCUGCUUCGGGACCUCAGCCAUUAUUAUCCAUCUGGUAAUUUACUGAAUUCUCCCUGACCCCCAGAGGCCAGUGUUUGACGAGGCUGAUCCGAAUUGACUAGGCAGGGAAAGCUUCAGUGGCAAGGUGGGCAUCGAGUGCCAGUGUUCCUGUCCUGCACUGUACCCCUUGGUCUAGGAACACGAUGGAAAACGGAAGAAACUAGGCCCUGUGCUGAGCCUCCUCACAUCCUUACCCUAGGCUCGCACUUAGCAAGAACAAAUCAGAAUCCUGCUAGACCCUGGGGGCUGUGGAACCCACGUACAGGUACACCCUACCCAAGGGCUCCAGAAAAAUGCUUUAGGAAAGUGAUGCCUUGCAGAGAGGCAAGAAGUUGGGGCUCCCCUCCUAGUACUGCCAAGAAACACCCCCAGUAAGGGAAGGCAUCUGUCAGAUACUUGCCCCCUAAAAAGAGGCCUGAAACCACACUGGCCUGGGACUUACAAGUUAGCAGCACGUCAGCGCCUUCCCAUAGUUCUAUACUUUUCCCUGGGGUUCCUCCCUCGCCACAACACACACACACACACACACACACACACACACCCCUGGCAACUCCACCUGAGGGCCUCAUCACUAGCCCUCAGCAUCUUGGUACCAGCUCCUCUGGCAACUCCACCUGAGGGCCUCAUCACUAGCCCUCAGCAUUUUGGUACCAGCUCCUCUCUGAAACUGUGUAACCCAGACCACCUCCCCUAGCUGACACUCCUGGGCUGGCAGAGGGUGGGAGCCACCCACACUGCCUCCCACUGCAAACACUGCAGCAAGCAGCCACUUCUGCCCAGACGAGACAGCAGGAUAGUAUCCUCCAUUCCUGCCAGUUGCAAGGAACUCAGUUGAGACACGGGUCCAGUCUCAGCAAAGAACUUAGUGGCAGGCAAGAUUUCUAGAUACGUGGGGCCAAGAUGGAAGAGACUUUACCAAGCACCAUCAGAUCAUGUAUACUAUGCCCCUAUCAAUGACAUGCAUGGAUUAGGGACCCUGAAGGGGCCGGCCACCUGCACUGAUUGGCUGGACUUAAAAAGCUGCUUCUGGCUGUCUUGCUCAGUGGCCACCAUCAAGAAGUUCAAGGAGACUCAGAUUGCCUGGGGCUGAUUCCUAGUGAGUUGCCCAGGACUCUCUCUGGAGCCACUAGAAGGCCCCAACCCUGCACUGAGGGAUGGUGUGGGAGGAAGGGUCCCCACUCAGAUCUUCAACUACACAGACAGAGGAGGGUGGGUGCAAACCCAGGGGCUUGAAAGGGCCCUGGAGAGCUGGUUAGCUUGCCCUGUCUCCUCUCUCUCAGGCCAACUGAACCCAGAGACUUGAUCUUGCCUGGGGCCCUAGGCCUAGUCAGCAGAGGAAAUGGGGUCCCCAUCCCAUGCUACCCUGAAAGUGGGUUCAUCCUAAUCCAGACUAAGAAGUGUCACACAGACACAGGCUCUGGCCACAGGGAAAGGCUCCUGACAGAGAGCUGGGGCUUUUGCCCUCUUAAGCAGUUCCCACAGCAAGUGACCCCCUGAAGUCUACACACAGGCCCUGAUUCUACAGCUGAGGAAAUCUGGGGCUGGGGGUGCCCCCAAAAGUCUUUUCUGAGACUAGAGCCUGGGUUGCCCCCAGACACACCACAGCCACACCAGUCUCAUCCUGGUGAGCACCUUCCCUCUGCUCCAGAGCGGUGGCCAUGCUUGUGACAGACCUGGAGUCUCCCCCUUUCUCUCAGUCCCUGUCACCUUCCCACAUAGAAGUGAAUGUAGUUGUUCCUCGCCCCGCUUCUCUGAAAACAGGGCACCUACAUCCUGAUAUGUCAGCUAUAGGAUCAGACCUUGACCCCAAUCCCUAGGGCCUCAGACAAAUCAGUCAACCUCCCUGAGCCUCCAGUUCUCCCAUCAAGAAAAUGGGGCAAUAGCGAGCUGCAUUCCAGGAGUCACUCAGGAGGUGGUGAGUGAUGCAUGAGGCAGUGCUUGGCCCAGAACACCUGGCCAGCAGGUGCAGUUCCUGUGACUGUGAUGACAUCGGGGCUUAGAGCCUGGGCCAGGUGAAGCGAACACUCUCCCUGGGGCACCUGUCAGUCAGGCAUAGGGGGAUGGGGAAAAGAAGCCAGGCUCUUAAAGACUGGGGUGUGCAGAUCUAUCUACAGAGGGUAAAGUGGACUUGGCCUACCACUGGGGGAGUCCUUACUCUCUCAGACAACCAAGGGCUUGCUGAGGGGGCCAAGCUUUCCUGGGGUCCAGGAGAACUAACUUUGGACACCCUGCUCCCAGCAGUUUCUCACACUCUGGAGUGAGGUCUUAGCGGGCUUCCCUGCCAAGUAGCAUUUAAGAGGUGUGAGGGUGCCCCAUCUUGAAAAACCCCUAGAGGCCAGUGCCUGGGUUAGCUCCUCAGGACUGCCAGGGACAACCUCACAACCUGGUGGGCUUUUUUUAUUCAGAGCUGUGUGGGUGGGGGAGAGCCCACCCACAGCCUCCUCUUCUUGUUCCAGCCUUGCUACGGCUUCUCAAAUAUUUGCUUUCCCUGACACUGACUUGACUGGGCAGGAAGAGGGCGUUUUUGAGGGUCGGUGAAGCAGCCCGCCCCCUUGCUGUCCCUGGAGAAGCUGGCUAGACCUACCCUGGGGUUCCAGCCAAGCACAGCCCUCCCAGAAUCCCAGAAGCUGAGGCUCUUCUGUCCCCUUUACCUUGGUACUGAGAAGCCUCCGUCCCAGUCAGCUCAUGUGGGACAGGGACUAGGGCCUUUGCUAGCCCUGGGCUACCCUUCAAAGAGCAAGGUCUCCCUCAGGGUUCCCCCCCAGGCUAGGGCUGACCUUUCUCCAGGGCCAGUGCAUGAGCCAGAAAAGCCCCUUAAUCAGACUGGACAACUCAGUCACCAGGAGCCCAACCUCCCUAUUGGGAAACCCCCUCCUAAUAGAGAGCCUCUGGCCAGGCUAGGAUAAAGGCCACACUGUUCCCCUGGAGGGGAGAGGAGGGACUGGAAAAAGGUGGCUCUGUUGGCCACACAAGGCCCCAUUCAGCCUGGGGCCUAGUUGUCCCAGGCAAGCUGACCAGCCUGUGUAGCAGCCAUGGCCUCCCUGGGUCUGUGAGCCACCAGUGCUGGCCAGAGAUGACUGGCCUAACGGAAGCAGCUUCCGGGCCCCAUUAGACCUUGUGUGGCAUUGAUUCUGCCAACCUCCACUUUCCACCACAUGUGAUAGGGAUUGAGUGCCCAGAGCCUUAUGAGAAAGCCCCCAAGGAAACUAUCUGCCAUCCAUUUUCUCCUCCAUCUCCCCCAAGGGAGCAUGGGUGCCACCUGGGAACCAACUACUGACAGAGCUCCUACCCCAUCUGGGAGGACUUCAACUCCAAGGCUGCGAAGCUCCACUCUCAGCUGAGGACCACUGUGCUGGCUGCUGUGGCCUUCCUCGAUGCCUUCCAGAAAGUAGCUGACAUGGCCACCAACACCAGAGGGGCCACGCGGGACAUUGGCUCAGCGCUCACGCGCAUGUGCAUGCGCCACCGCAGCAUCGAGACCAAGCUGCGGCAGUUCACCAACGCGCUGCUGGAGAGCCUCAUCAAUCCACUGCAGGAGCGCAUCGAAGACUGGAAGAAGUCAGCCAACCAACUGGACAAGGACCAUGCGAAAGAGUAUAAACGAGCCAGGCAUGAAAUCAAAAAGAAGUCAUCCGACACGCUGAAGCUACAGAAGAAAGCACGCAAAGAGCUACUUGGGAAAGGAGACCUGCAGCCCCAGCUGGACAGUGCCCUUCAAGACGUCAACGACAUGUACUUGCUACUGGAAGAGACGGAGAAGCAGGCUGUGCGCCGUGCGCUGAUUGAGGAGCGGGGCCGUUUCUGCACCUUUAUCACCUUCCUCCAGCCGGUGGUGAACGGCGAGCUGACCAUGCUGGGAGAGAUCACUCACCUGCAGGGCAUCAUUGACGACCUGGUAGUGCUGACUGCAGAUCCCCACAAACUGCCUCCCGCCAGUGAGCAGGUGAUCAAAGACCUGAAGGGUUCUGACUAUAGCUGGUCGUACCAGACCCCACCCUCGUCACCCAGCAGCUCCAACUCCCGGAAGUCCAGCAUGUGCAGUGCCCCCAGCAGCAGUGGCAGUGCCAAGGGUGGCGGAGCCCCGUGGCCUGGGGGUGCCCAAACAUACUCACCCAGUUCCACCUGUCGCUACCGCAGCCUGGCACAGCCGGCCACCACCCGCCUCUCCAGUGUCUCCUCCCACGACUCUGGCUUCGUCUCCCAGGACCCCACCUACUCCAAGCCCCCUUCGCCCAUGCCUUCCGACAUCACCAGCCAGCAGAAAUCCUCCAGCUCUGCGUCCUCCGAGGCCUCAGAAACCUGUCAGUCAGUUAGCGAGUGCAGCUCCCCAACCUCGGACUGGACCAAGGCUGGUCCCCACGAACAACCCUCAGCCACCACCCUGCAGCGGAGGAAGGAUCGUGUGGAACACCUCCGAGACACUGAGCCAGGCCCUACUGGUGGAGGCACUGUGGGCUCCAGUGGAGAGGAGGUGCCACGAACCCGGAUGUCUCCUGCCACCAUAGCAGCCAAACAUGGUGAGGAGGUAUCCCCUGCUGCCAGCGACCUAGCCAUGGUGCUGACCCGCGGACUGAGCCUGGAACACCAGAAGAGCAGCCGAGACUCGCUGCAGUAUUCCAGUGGCUACAGCACACAGACCACCACACCUUCCUGCUCCGAGGACACCAUCCCCUCCCAAGGCUCAGACUACGACUGCUACUCUGUGAAUGGGGAUGCAGACAGUGAAGGCCCCCCUGAGUUCGACAAAUCAUCUACCAUUCCUCGAAACAGCAACAUAGCCCAGAACUACCGCCGCCUGAUCCAGACCAAGCGCCCAGCCUCCACCGCCGGGCUGCCCACGGCAGGGCUGCCCACAGCCAUGGGGCUGCCCUCCGGUGCACCUCCCGGUGUGGCCACCAUCCGCCGCACACCCUCUACCAAGCCCACUGUGCGCCGCGCCCUCUCCAGCGCUGGCCCCAUCCCCAUCCGCCCACCCAUCGUCCCUGUGAAGACACCCACCGUGCCCGACUCCCCUGGCUAUGUGGGGCCCACACGGGCAGGCAGUGAGGAGUGCGUCUUCUACACAGACGAAGUGGCCUCACCUUUGGCUCCAGACCUGGCCAAAGCCUCCCCAAAGAGGCUCAGCCUGCCUAACACAGCCUGGGGCAGCCAGUCCCCAGAGGUAGCUAGCUACGGCGGCGGGGCUGCGGUCGGGCUGGCCACCGAGGACGAAGAGCAGCAACUGGCUGCCAACAGGCACAGCCUAGUAGAGAAGCUUGGGGAGCUGGUGGCCGGUGCCCACGCCCUGGGUGAGGGCCAGUUCCCCUUCCCUACCGCCCUGUCAGCCACUCCUUCGGAGGAAACGCCCACUCCACCCCCUGCUGCCACCAGUGACCCCCCGGCCGAAGACAUGCUGGUGGCCAUUCGUCGCGGGGUCCGGCUGCGCAGGACCGUCACCAACGACAGGUCGGCGCCCCGCAUCUUAUGAUGGUGCCGCCCACCCCUCCCCGUCUGGGCCUGGCACAAGGAGGUGACCGGAUCUGUGAGCAGCGGCCAGCCACUCUGAGUGGCGGCCCAGCCAGAAGACAGAAAGCAAAGCGUCAGGAGUGAGGCACAGCCACUUUACGGAAAGACAACCAGGCUGGAUCCCAGCAUCUCGCGGGAAGCGACUUCCCUCACACACCUCGCCAGGACAGAGCCUGUUUUAUACUUUCCUUACCUACUCAAACCUCCUCUUCCUUCCUCCAGGCCCUGCUACAUCCAAACCCCAGAGCCCAUAACCAAGGGCUGGGCCUGCUACAUGGGGCCCUACCUGGCCUGGGGUCCACAACUCUCUUCCUCUGGCCCGGCUGUCCUCCGGGGCCAUAUGCCCAGCUCUUUCCUUGAAUGCUGGCUCCCUCUUCUCCCUGCCUGGACCCUGUCCCAUUUCCUCUUGCCUUUGCCCUGCCUCUCCCAGGCUCCUCUCUUUGGGGCACAGGGUGGUCACGGAGGGGCCAGGUACCCAAUCAGCUGAGGAUCUUUGUGUGACUGGGUUUAGGGACAGUCAGGCAUUGGGAAGCCAGGCUUGCUCAUGGGAAAGAGCCCUGGAGGGAGGGAACGUAGGGGCCUUGUCUCAGGGGACCCUCCAGUUCCCUGUGAAGAGUAACUAGUGGGGUGAGGCAAGGCAGACAGGGAAUGAGUCCAGAGGUACCAGGUGUUUUGGAUGCCCUGUUCUUGUCUGGACACUUUGGAGCUUUUACUCUAGGGGCGCCUUCGGGUUACAGUGUCACCUGUUGCUGGAGAUAAGGGCUGGAGCAUUAGAUGGUGUGGGGGUUAUUUUAUGACUGUAAUAAAAUGGAGCUGACCCUAGACAAAGAACUAUGUGGGGCAAGCUGGUGGUACAGGGUGUACGUCUGAGUGCCUGAGAGAGGGGUGUGGGAGCCCUCAGUGGGCUCGAGGCCAGAGAAGGGUAGAAUCACUCCCCCCAAACCGGGGGAAGCUGCUCUUCUCGCCAGUGUCUGAAGUGUCGGUAGAAUAAGGCUGGUGAGGGUAGGCCAGGGACUCUGGCCAGUCUGUUGAGAUCUGAGCAAGCUGCAGGCCCGGCUUGGAGCAAGUAUUAGAAGGUUGGUUUGACUUUCUGUUGCCAGAGGCAACACCAUCCCAAGAAAGUCUAUGCCUACAGGCCUAGCUGGGGCUGGCAGCAGGGACCAGAGGAAGAGUGGGUCCUGCCUCCCUGUCAGCCCAAGUCUGAGCAAGACUAAGCACGUAAGUGUAAGCCAGAGGAGAGAUUCGGGAGGUAGAGCAGGCAGCAGACUCCAAGGUAGCAUUCUGCCCGACCCCCACAGGGAGUCCAGAGAGCGUACCUUGGUCUUGAAGGAAUGGAGUUGGGGCUGACCUGGGCCCAAGGUCAUGGGUGCUCCAGUGCAGGGCAGCCCAGUAGGUCUGGUAAAGCAGGGAUUCCUGUAUGUGGAUGGAGUUACCACAGGGCUCCCCGAGGCUGCUUAGCGAGUUAUCUCCAGGGUCUGAGACCUGGCCCACCAAACUCAGUUGUCACCAGAGCCCCGAGUAUAGAGUCCAGGAAAACAAAUGGCCAGAUGUGGAACCCUGAGGCAUAUUUUGGCUGCAUCUUCCCCAAAAGAGCUGUCAAGGCUGAUGGAAAGGGAUGCAGGAUGUCAAGUGGGCAGAUGUGGUCCCUAUACCCAGGGUGUGGUUGGGUCCUAGAGAAGGGGGUCCAAGAGGAUGGGCUCACUGCCAUCUGAGGACUCCAGGCCCUGAUGGGAAGGGAGGCCAGGGACUUCCCAGGAAGAGGAUGGGGUGGCAUGCCCACCCCCAGUUUUAGCCUUCCCCUCCCCCCCAGGGCUGUACAUAUUCCAUCCCCUUGUCUGACCCACAAGUAUCCUCCUCCACCAACCACCACUUCCUCUAGUGCUCACCUCUCUCAUAGGCCCGCCCUCGGGAUCCGAGCCAACCAUCCUGCAUCACAGACUGGUUUGGGGGCUUCUUCACGUACAUUUUAUUUUAUUUUAUUUCAUUUCAUUUGUACAGCAAAACAUUCUUUUCAAAUGUGUCUUUUGACUGAAGUAACUUUUCUGGUGCUGUUAACUUGUAUUUUUUUUUUUUAAUUUAUUUUGCCGCCCCUCCUUGUUCCUACUCACCCUCCCCUAACCCCCAGCCCCAGCCCAUCACUUUUAUUCUGUUCUUUCUGCCAAGUUUGGGAUAAAUUCUCCCGCCCACCCCGGUUUCCAUCCUCUCCUUGAUUUAAAUAGUCACUGCUACAAAGUAACAAAUGCACUGUGAAGAUCCCAGUAUUAAUAAAGCAGUACUGUAGUUAA